GAAAGCUGGACGUCUUCACUGCAUUUUUGAUUCAGUUGCCCGAGCAAGAAUAAUAAAAACAUCCAGAUAUUAUGGUCAGAAUACACAACGUCCUAUAUCCGUGAGGAUAGCAACGGAACACUCUCGGGAAUAUUCCCAAGGAUUUGGAAGGCAUCUUUGGCACAAUGUUGUCCUCGCCUGAACCACACUUGGCAUAAAUUGGAUGGUAAAAACAUAAUGAAAAAACAGGCAAGGGCAAUAGAUGCAAUGGGCAUCGCCAAAGACGAUAUUGUUGUAACAUUCCCUAUUCUGAGGAGUUUGAGUGACAGCAGUGCUCAUGACUUGACUCUUUUCAAAUUUGUUCCGUUCAAAGUUUCCCCUGGUCCUAUGUUGCUGACAAACACGAAAUCGAUCAAAAUGCAUAGCGGUAGAGAUUUUACAUUCCUUCUGCCAAUGUGGGUAAAUCCUGUGUUUUACCUUAUCUUGGCGAUGGCCGCGUCUUCUGGUGUGAUAUUUUGGGUGACGGAAUUCCGAGACAGCGGUGAAAAACCUAAUUACUCCUUCCGCAGCUUCAUUCGGGAAAUGGGAAAUAGCAUUUGGUUUUCAAUUGUUACCAUGACAACAGUUGGUUAUGGCGACAUUGUUCCACGAUAUCUACUUGCAAGGAUUUACGCGAUAAUCUGGAUGUUAACAGGGAUUGUUCUUGUGUCACUAUUUACAGCGUACACCUCCAGUGCAAUGACAACCCAUUAUAUGAAUGAAAAUAAAAGUUUGUUUGGGAAAAAGAUAGGUGUAUUCCGAAGCACACGAAUAUUUUUUCAAAACGAAAUCAACUUCGGAGCAAAAAUGACGGAAUACAAUGAGCGAGAAGCCUUUCGUGCCUUGAAUGAAGGAAAUAUUUCAAGAAUAUUGUUUCCGGACUUCAUGGAAGCUAUGUACCUUUUAUCGAAAACUGACAAAAAAUUUACCAAGGGGUUGCGUAUUGUCGAUUGCAUCAACCAUCCAUUCAAACUGGGAAUAUAUAUUGCGGCUACGAAUGAGUUGAAUAACGCGUUCUUGACUUGUCUUGCCAUGACGUUAAAUUGGUACUAUUUAGAGGAGAGCCAGAAUGAUUUCUCCAAGAUUGAAGAUUCUGAUAUCGAAAACUAUUCCCUCGACAAUGUCUUGGAUGAUUUCAUGGUAAAUCUUACCAUUUACGUGCUCUUUUUCUCUGGAUCUAUUUUGCUUCUAAGUGUUAUUGUUUGGGUGGCCAGACCCAAGCUUCAUCGAAGACUCUCGAGAUCAUAUGCUGAUAAAAACAACGCCUAAGAAGAAAUUAUACAGAGAAAAAAGGAACGACAUGAAGAUAUUUUCAAGAGAUGUUGCGGUGUCACCAUAUAUCUAUUAUAUUAUAUAACUUUAUAUAAUGUACUGUAUGUUCAUAUAAUUGCAAUAAUUGUAUAAAGUUCGCAUGCAUGGUCAAAGUGCAAGCAUGAUCUUCAAUAUUGGACCGUGUUUAUAGUUAAAAAGGAGAGGGAUAUUUGAAUGUUUGGAAUCACUUUGGAUAUAUUAGGCCUAGAUGCAAACUAAGUUUAAUUUUUACGGAUUCAACAAUGGAGGUAUACUAGAUGUG